UGUUCGUCUUCUCUACUAGAUAGGAUUUAUGACUUAUGUAAUUCAGUUAAUCAAUUUAAGCUGCGGACUAUCUCAUAGGGAUGCGACACAUUUCUUGCCCGAAACUAGACACAUCAGCUGUUCCUCCGAAACUCAUAAUGAAUGUGAAAUCUAUGUAUUCUCAACGUGUUAUACAAUCAAUCUGAAAUCUUUAUAUUCUCAAUGUGUUUUAUGCAAAGGAAGUAACAAUUUGGAGAAAAUUUGUGCAUUUCAUGUGAUUGUAUUGAGAAAUAAACUAAUGCCAUCCACUUAGCAAUUUGAAAAUUUUUCGCAACAAUCAGUAUGGUAUAUCAUUAAUUCUACGUAUCGCGGGCGAAAGCGAAGAAGUCUACGCAUCAAUUAAUAUACGCUUAGACUUCGGUCGCGCUCACCAAUUAGUAUGACGUAAAAUACAAUAAUGAAACCUUAACAUUUACUUGCAGUUAGCAGACAACUGUUGACGACACAGCAAAUAUUGCAAAGAACGCACGAGCGCGAACUCUUUUGUUUAGGAUUGCCAAAUUAUCACAACGUACCAAAGUAUCAUUUGAUAAGAAAUGGAGCUGUUAUUGAUUCUUCUCUUUUUGUCCAAAUGCUGCACUCGAGAACAAAUCAUCGUUCACUCGCAGAUUGAAUUAUGAAAAACUUAAUGCGGAACUACUUCUCCGAUGGCAAGCGUCUAUUGACAAACUUGUCCAGUUACGCCUAACGCCUGCGCUGGUAAAAUAAUCCCAUUCUCGGUAGGAAUUCGAGAUAUUAUUCAUGGCAGAUUGCAUUUUGGAGUCAGUAGGCAAUGGAAAUAAGCUUUAUUCAGAGAAAAACGUUGAGGAAUAUCUGAAAAAAGACAAGACCUAUUAGGAUUCAUGUGAAAUAAAUAGAAAAUAUAAGAAUGUGUACUAGUUAGGAAUAGAAUUCAAUUUUUGUGUUAGCUUUAUGAAGAUUUUGUGAUAUAUUAACGCGGUUAAUAUUGAAACGUGAAAAAAAUAUUGAAAAAUAAAAGUAUCAUUUUUUGAAAAGUGCAAAGUAUUGAGUAUAUGAAAAUUAUUCAUUCAGGCCAGAAUGUAAUAAGUACUUUUGACUAGUAUUACACUGCUGUGGAAGGAGGUGGAUAUCACGUGAAUAAGGACCACCAGUAACGCGUAUGAAACAUUGGAAUACUUUGAAAAGGGGAUUAUAUUUUUCUAUAAAUAAUUAAUUAAACGGAAUGAAAACAGCAUUUAAUUUAAAAUCGUUGGCAUUUUAGCUGAAUUAAUUAAUAUAUUAUUAAAUGCUAAAUGGUAAACCUUGUAUAAGCUCUUUCAUGUCAGUUUUCAACAAACGAAAAUGCGUAUAUCACAAGAAAUAAAGUUAUAUUACCCGUUUGAAAAAUAACGGCAGAAACUAAUUUGAAUUUAUUAAAAAAGAUAAUUUUAUUAAACAUCUUGUGCACAGUGUAAAAAAACGCCUGGAUAACAUAUAUUUGUUUAAAUCAUGUGCAAGCCUGAAGAAAACGAAUGAACUAUUUCAACAUGCGCAUUAUCGCAUCUAGGUCAUCCGGUGGCAAUGAAUAUAAAUCGUAUUGCCGAAACAUAAACACUUGUUAUUGCUAUUAUUCCUGCCUCCAGAAAUCAUUAUGAAAAUAUAAAGGUAAUAGCUUUUGUUAUUAUAUUUUUAUAAUUAUGUUUGCGAAACAAAUAGAUGCUGUAAUUAAAUCUGACAAUCUGACGCAGCCGUCCAGUAUGUCGCCAUCUACCCGUAUAGUUUGAGAUAAUAACUAAGCCUAUCACCGGGGAAACAUGCCACGGUCGUAGUCGAGAUAUAUCACAGAUCAGCAAAAAUAGGAAAUAGUUUGGAUGUGAUAAUGGGAAUUAUAGUACAUGGAUUGUCGGUUUGUAGAAAAGGCAAUUAUAUAUGAUGUUAUUUAUUAUCUAAAGAGAAUUUAAUGAGAUAAAAUCGUGUUACUAAAUGAGCUUUGGUAGUAUUCCUAUUGGUUUGAUCGCAGAGGCGGAGAACGGUUUCGGGAAAUGUUUUAGAUAUUAAAUUUAGAUUUUACUAGGAUAUUCCUUACCAAGGCGGGGAUUAUAUAUUUUUUAACGUCAUCGAGUCAUUUAAAGUUAAGGCCGCGAAACAAUGUGAUAACGGCAAUUGAUUCUCUUGCAGUCAGCAGUUUAUAAAAUCUUACCAUAAGUCAGGCUUUGUUUUCGUAGAUUUGUAUCUUACAUAAAAUUGGAAUUGUUCUGUUUCAGAGGUUUGUAUUAAUGUGUUAAUGGAAAUGUUUGCGCCAGAUUUCAUCCCAUAUACGUGUUGUUUAUUCUACCACUGUGUUGAAAUUACUGGAUAAACAUUAUGAAGCUAGAUCCCUGGUCAGAUACAUAAUGUAUUGCUGGUGUUUUAGCUGGAUGCUUACGGCUUUAUCACUAUUUGUGUAUGGCAACACCCUGAAACCACAAAUUGGAAUUGGCGCAAUUUUUGAUGCUGCAGAUUAUACGCACUAUAACGGCGUCUUCUAUCGUGGAUUUCAAGAAAACCAGCUUCUUUUGAAGCAUAACCUUAGUAUUAGUGUAAGAGCUGCCCCUCUUGGUGGAGAUAUUUAUUCUUCCCUGAAAAAUUUGUGUUCUUUUUUUGACGGACGAGAUGUAAGAGUUGUACUUGUGGUUGGAAAAGAGGCCACAAUACAGGCAGUUGGGCAGGUAGCAGAGCCCCUUGGCAUACCAAUACUUGGAUAUACGACAGAUGCACAUGCAGACAGAUAUGUACAGGCACAUAACCCUCUUCUACUGAUGUUAAAACCGUCCAGAAAGGACCAAGCCAACGCCUUCCUACAGUUCUUUCAGGCCAACUUCUGGUUCAAUAUUCUUAUUUUAGUUCAGGAUUUGUUUGUUGCCGACGGCUUUUAUGAAGAAAUAAUGAGUAAAGUAUCGGCUCCCAAAUGGUCGUUACAAGAAAGAAUUCUACCCGAGAGGAUUACUAAUUUGGAGUUAUAUGAUCUAGUUAUUUCUUUAUUAGGCAAUGAGCCAAAACUUAUUGUUAUUCAUUCGGAAUUAUCACUUGCACAGCGGAUAUUUAAAGCAACAAGGGAGGCAAAUCUUACGUCAUUAAAUCAUGCGUGGUUCGUCACGGAAACUAGUUUCACGCACGAUCACGAUAAUCUUCACGGUUUGCCUGCUGGUUCCCUAUCUAUAAUACCUAAUUAUGCGGUUAAUUUAGAAGAUGUGAUAUUAGAUGGAACCAAUUUUAUGAUAAAGUCUGUGAUAAAAUUUUCAAACAAAAAAGCUAUUAUUAGAAGCUGCUGGAAUGACUCAACCAAAUUAUAUAAAUCUAUCGGUAAAGAAACAUAUAGAAAAUUAGUAGGAACAAAAUUGUCAGGUGUCUCUGGGGAUAUAGUUUUUGACAAUCAGGGAAAUCUUAAAGCAAACAGCUUUGUGGUUCAAAACCUUGUGUUUGAAGAAGGUCAGAUAUUUUGGAGGAAAAUUGGUCAUAUUCAUGGAGAGGAUGUGACCCCAUUUGGAAUAAUAUGGCCAGGUGAAUCUCUCAGUAGUAACAUUGCGUAUGGUAGAAAACGAUACCGAAUCGUGACAAAUCCAGUUAAACCCUUUGUCAUGGAUGAAGCACCCCAUCCGGAUAUUGGAGAGUGUGCAAAGGACACAACGUGUAUAUAUAUCAACAAUACGGGUAAAAAUGAAAUCAUUCAGGCAUUACAAGACUAUGAAAAUGGUAUACACAAUGAGAGCCAUCCAUACACGAUAAACUGUUGUCGUGGUUUAUCAUUAGAUUUGCUCAAUCGUCUCGCCAGUGAUUUAGAUUUUGACUAUACUUUGUACGUAGUGUCUGACUACACUUAUGGCAAAGAAAUCAACGGUACAUGGAACGGUAUGGUCCGUGAACUCAUGGCAGGCACAGCUCACAUGGCUGUUGCUGCCUUUAGUAUAACCAGAUCAAGGGUGAAGGUCAUAGACUUCACAAGUACUUAUUUUUUCUCAGGGUUUUCCGUGCUGUAUUCGGAGAAACAAAGAGCAUCAAAUAUGCAAGCCUUUCUCGAGCCUUUUGACACACCUGUUUGGUUCGCCAUAUUGAUAAGUGCUACGGUAGCUGCUAUUGCAAUGGGUUUGUUCGAAUGGAACAGUCCGUUUGGAUUAAAUCCAUGGGGAAAGAAACGAAAACAAAAUUAUACUCUUGCCUCUGGAAUGACAAUGGUUUAUUCGGUGCUUUUUGGACAUACAGUAAAAACAAAGUCGCCAAAGGCUUGGCCUAGUAAAGUGCUUCAAAAUUUCUGGGCUUUCUCCUGUAUCUUCAUCAUAGCAAGCUAUACCGCCAAUUUGGCGGCUUUUAUUGCCGGGAAGCACGCUGGUCUUUUCUACAACAACAUACACGACUCGAGGCUGUUGGAUAUAGAUGUCGGUGUGUUACCUGGGAGUGCUGUAGAGGGCACAGUUAAACAGCUCAACCCGAGAUUAUAUACCAAAUGCCAAGGUCAUCUUGUCGAUACAACAGACAAUGCUAUCGACAAAGUCAUCCACAGAAAUUUAGACGCAUACCUAGGCGAUUAUCCUAUUCUUGACUAUGCAAGGGCCAAACUGGACCCAGAUUGUAAACUGAGAUUGCUCACACAGACUUUCGGUGAAGACGGUUAUGGCAUUGGCUUACCAAAAGGUUCACCACUCAAGACACCGCUGUCAAAGAUGAUUCAAAACUACCACGAGAGUGGCUACAUUGAAGACCUAAUUGACGUCCAUUUCGCGGACUCUGAGUGUUAUAAACAAAGGAUCAAACAAGAAGACUCAAGAUUGGAAGUGCAACACCAUGCCGGCAGUUUUGUUAUGUUAUGUGUCGGAAUAAUUGUUGGAGUUGGUGUGCUAUUUUUAGAACAUGGUAUAUUCAAAUGGCUGGUACCCGCACUCAGAAAAAUGCCAGGGUUAAGUGUUUGGAAAAGUGUGCACGUGAUGUUUUUCAGCCAGCGUUUGCACAGAUCCAUAACCAGUGCACAUCUAGUACCAGCACAUGAGACCUGUAGGGAAAUGCUUGGUAUAAUGAAAAACAGGGAUUUCAUGAAACUCUUCCAGAAAAAUACAAUCAAAACUAGUAAAAUGGCAGACGCAGCCAAAAGGAAACGACUGAAUAGAAAUUUCUUCGACAUAAUAGAAAAAGCUAAAUGCCCAACAUCAAUAGCGAUGAAGGAAAUGCAGGAUAACAACUUAUUUGGUGACGAUUCACAACCAAGUACACCUGCUCCAAAAAUUACAGAAAUAUCCCUCAAGGAUAUUACACAAGUGGUCGAUCUUAACGAAUUUAGAAAACAAAAUUUAGAGUUUAAAGGAAACUGCAGCAACUUGCUGCUUCCUGUAAAAGAAAGCAACGUCGACGAUUGUUCGACAAAUGAAGGUUUUGAUUGGACACCACCACAAGCCAACGCUCAUGAUAGUUUUACAAAGGACGAUUUUGACUGGAUACCACCACAAAAGAGUGUACAUGAUUUGUCCACUGAAAUACUUUCGAGCUGCUCAUUUCCAGGGUCCUAUUCCAUAAGUGACACCACUGAGAAAGACAGUGACACAGAUAACUUUGAUCCGCUUAAAAUCAAAGGCGAAUCAUCUUCAUUCACAACACCAUUUUUUGAAAUUGAGCCAAGUUUGCAAACGAUUUCAGAAACAAAUCCACUAACAGCUGAAGACAAUAUGUAUGAUUCGCCAUCUGAACUAGACCCUUGCCUCCCAGUUCAGAAUAAGACACCAAAUGGGGAUAUGUUUUCGGAUGAGUAUAAACCGAAAAGGAAAGAAUUGUCAUUUUCACCGGAUGCUUGUUCUUCUCGUAGAGCGUCUGGCGAUGCUGGCAAUGAGGUUUGUGCACCUGCUAUCAGACGCUUGUCUAUACCAGAAACUAAGACAAAAGAGUCUAGAACUUUCCAUCCUCGCAAACGACAAACCGUUCAUGGGAACAGAAGAGACAAAUCUCAGACAAAAUUAGAUAUAGAACAUUUUAGUAAAGAAGAACUACUACUUAUGUGGAAAUCGUCCGAGUUAGAGCUCAGUAACAAACUAGAAGCUGCUGUUAAAGAUAAACAAAGACUUGAAACGAAACUGAAUGCUCUAAAGUUACAUAUGAGUACACCAGUCUGACAAAACAUGGAAACAUAGUCUGACUUUUCAGAAUGGUUUUGCAAUUCAUUGCAAGUCAUUGUGCCUGUUUCGGGUAAGAGUCGUCAGGAGCAAUUUUAAGGUGGCGAGAGACUGCUGACAGACAAAGGCUUUUAUAGCUGUCAGAAAGGCAAGGGAAUAUAGAAAACGUGAAAAUGCUUACUUGAUAAAAGGAGGAACGUUGGACUGAAUUUGUUCGAUUAUGGUUUGGAAAUGUUGCUUUGAUGUGAUUUUUGGAGGAACGUACUGUGUGGACAUAUCAAUGGAUAUAUCAAAGGGACAUAUAUAUUGUCUUCUUUAUGAAUCAUCGUUCGGAUAUGUCAUAUCAUGUAAAUGAUUUAAUCCGGUAUGCCAUAUUUCCUUCUAGACAUAUUAAUGUCAACCACAGAACUAAACAAAACAAAACAAAUCAAAACAAAAAAAAAUGCAACUGUCUAUAUUUAAAAUUUAGUUUUCAAAAUAUAUGAGCGAUAUCAUUAAUCUCUGUAUUUGCACAUUUCAGAAACAGGUUUUAGGGUAUUUAGUUUAGACACAGUUGUGUGAGGAAGAUGGGGAGGUUACGGUUGUCAUUCAGGCAGGGUUAAGAAAGAUUUAUGACAAAAGAUAAAGAAUGGAUUUUGCAAAUUAGUAUUUCAGCACAAUAUUAUAUGAAACAGAAAGAAUUUUGAUUGAUGUUCAUUAAGGCAAGCUUAUGUUGGCAGAGAAGAAAUGUAGUGUGUGAUUAUAUUCAUUUAUCCAUCCAUUUUAUACAUUUAAGGUCAAGUUUAUGUACGCUCAUGUUGUUAUCUUCAUUAUCAUUAUUUUGCCCAUCCUGUUAUCAUCACUGCCAUCAUCAUUGUUCAUUUAUCUUUGACUUCAAUUUUAACACUAUCAUUAUCAUAUCAAUUGAAAUCUGAUAAGUGUGAUUGUGAGUUAAAUUUAGGACCACUUUAUAAUGUUCCGUAUUUGUGUUGUUUUCACUCAGGAACCUACGCAAUAAUUUAAUGGCAGUAUUUUUAUCUCCAAUUAUAAGACUAACGCCAUGUUACUAGAUGUUUUUCUUCCCUUGUUUUCCUUUGUAGAAAUUUGCUUAAAGAGAAAGCUGUAUAUGAAGAAACUAUAAAAUGGCAUGAAGAGAGUUGGACAACUUUUUUUCUUUUUCAUUACAAGUAUGCGGUGGCGCAUCUUAGCCCUAAAAUCUUAUUCACAAAUCUUUUAAUGCAGCAUGAAUAAAAUCACAUCGUUACAUUAUUCUAUUUUGUAAAAAUGUUAGAUAUUGUUAUAAACAUGGAAGAAAUCUCAAAAAUGUUGGGGUAUUUCUUUUUUUGAUGAUAAAAUGUAUUGCCUAAGUAGAUUUGUUUAGUGCACCUCAUUUAUAAACGUAUUACACGUGAAGUGUUAGAUGAAAGCAUCUCGCAAACAUUAUUCUGUAAUUUAAGGAUCGGAUGUAAAUGACUUUAAUGAUUGCAAACGAAAAGAAGACACAAAAAUAUAACAUGACGUUUUUUUUACACAUAUAAUUUAUGUCGAAUCCAUUAAGUUUAAAAAGGCGUAAACAUUGUUUGUUUCCAGUGUCCCGACCUACCCUAAAUUUUUGGCCCGACCCUAAAUGUUUUUAUGGCCUUGGAGACUUUUUUUUCUCAACUUUUUAACAAAAUGUUGCAAAACUGCACUUUCUAUGCUUUAAACAUGGUCAGUGAUGUUAGAAAUCAACUUACUGAUGCUCUAAAGGCAUAACCCCCUUAUUUAUAUUCAUUUUUGACACAAAAAUAAUUUCCCAAAAGUCUCACUUAAUAAAAAACCUCAAAGAAAAAAUAAAUAAAUAAUUCCGACCUACCUACCCUAAAUUAUUUGAGCAUGUUACCGGAAACAAAGAUUAUUUUAGGCCUAAUGAUAUAGACAAAAAGAGUAAUCUAUUAGCAUUACAUAAAAGUAAUAAACAUUGACAGUCAGGAUCUAAAUCACAACAUGCUUAUGUUUACAGCUAAAAGUCAAUAUUACAAGUUUAAUUUUAGAUGACAUGUUAGUCUAAAACCUCAACGUUUCAUUUGCAGGGUUAGUUUUUAGAUAGCAUUUAAUGACCAACCUGUUCUGUAUGGAGGGUAUUAUCCGCGCUAUAGUACAAAUUGCUAUGCUACUUAUCUCAAAUUGGAUAUGUCUGAUUUCAUAACAGUUUCUGACUUCCAUUGUGUGUAAACCGAUUUUUGCAAAGAUCAAUUUAUUUUGCCCUUGUAUUUUCAUUACAUGUUGCAGGUGAAUAAUUACAAAUAAUAUUCACUCAAAUGCGUGUUCUAUGUAUAUGCUUUUGAUUUGCAUGUGAAUAAAUUGCAGAUUGAAACUUUAAGAUUUAGCUAUUCAACCUCGAAACUUAUCUUAAUCAGUGAUGCUUAGGUCGUUAUAAUGCAUAUCAAACAUAUAGAAUAGUUAGUAGAAAGAACGAUUUAAAACAGCAAAAUGACAAAGAUAGACUUGAGAAGUAUCGGUAAUAACAACGCAGACGGAACCCGAAAUUCUGUGACGAAAUCGGAAGGUACAAUGGCGAAUGGUGAAAUAUUACAUCGUAUGAUCACCAUCGUGCAUUCAUCCUUCGCUAUUGUACUCUCGCACUUCGCUAUUGUACAUGCCCUUUUCACUGUCGCACUGUCGACCUCCUGUAAAGCAUGCGCAUAAUACAAAAUAAAAAGAAGGAAACCAUUGACUAUUUAGGGCAGGUUCCAAUAUUUUGCUAUUUUGACAAUGUCUUAAAUAGUUUGACCUCGGUUCGAGCUCCGAUGACUUGUAAUAAACAUGGUCGUGUAUAUAUAUAGGCGUUGGCUUGCGAAUGAAAUCGUGUUAUCUUCGCCGUUUGAGAUGAUGUUUUAAGUAAGUAAGCCCUAGUAAUCAACCCGUGUCAUUGUUUACCAGGUAAUGUUCAAACGUAGAAAUUAUGGCUAUUUUGACAAUGUCUGAAAUGUUUUCAAUCUGGUUCAAGCCCCAGUGACUACGACCUAUAUCUGUAGCAUAUUAAACAUGGUUCUAUAAGUAUUGGUCAUGGCUAUCGUUUGGAAGUAUGAUCGAGUAUAUUUCGUAGCCCUAGCAGCCGGAUGAAAUCAAAGAUGCAAGUGAAAUCUAACAAUUUAAAGUGAUUUUUGUUAUUACAAUGUAUAAAUGCUGCUAUAUUUUGAUGAAUAAAGAAAUACGACAGAGAGAAAUUUAAAUUUGGAAAUUUCAGUGAAUGCAAGUUGUAAUCGUCCAGUUUACACACAUGGAAGUUAGGAGUUGUCAUUUUGGAGAAUAAAAUUUGUAAUAUGUAAUAAAGCAAUUUAAACUAUAGUGAAUUUCACCAUCCAUAGUUCUAAAGUGGUAUAGUUUGAUAUCGUAUCAAAUAGAUACAUUAAGUGCAUUGCUUACAUACAGUAUAUGUACUGAAUAAUCAACAUAAGAUAACAUUAAAGGAUAUAGGAUAUAUUAGAAUAAGGACAAGUAUAAUAAAGAGGACCAUUUCUUAGCUCCUUUUUUCUCUCAGAAAGUAUGCUUGACGCAAAAAGACGCCGCUAAACCGCCGCUAAACCAUCCAUGUAUAAAACAAAAAAGACCACGGAUUGUGUUAUUAGCAAAGCUAAAAUGAAUUUUAUUCUUUAUCUUAAUUUGUUGAGGAUGUUUUAAAUAGUUUUCUCAUUAUAGAUAAACCAAAACUAUAUGUUGUAUAAUUCUCAAAAUAAACUCACAAUAACUCAUAAUUCCGGUAAUGUCAUACCUAUUUCUAAUUGUUCUACAUUGAAUGCACACUGCUAUAACAGUGUGGUACAAGAGCAGAUAUACUAGUGCAUACACAUGACGGGAAACCCCUUUAUACAGCAAUAAACAUCUAGUGAAUCUUUAUAUUUUAAACAUCAACAUUAGAUUGAUGAAGGAUUUUUAAUAUGUACGCCUAAAUUAUUGGACAUUUUCAUUAUUCAAUAAAUUCUAAAGCAACUGGGUUUUCCUACACCUUCAGAAGCUGGAAAAGUCGCCUUGGAAAUCACCUAAAUUGUAUUGGGGUAACUCUAAACUGAAAAACAAGGAACACUUUUUAUUUGAUCUCGUCAUGAAGUAUGAUAUUCAAGUCAGUUGGAUAGUCUAAAUAUUUCAUUUAAUUCUAUAUGCAUAUAGUCCCCGUUUCUCGAACUACUCGUUUUCAGUAAGAAAUGUCUGAUUGAAAUGGGCUAGUUGGUGACCAUUAUUGUCAUAGUUUACCUAGGGGUAGAGUACAAUGGCAUUUUUCAGUCUGGUUCCAGUGAUCCUACAUGUUGCUUAAGAUAGUUCUGCACGUUUGGUUAACCGGGCGUGACAGCGUAACGUUAUUUAUCCGGGCAACCUAAAAUAUACUGACUAGCGGCCGUAAUACGGGUAACAUAAUUUUUGCGGGUAAUCUAUUAUAUCCCGUGUAUAAAGUACGUAACUGUCGGCGCUUAUGUCUUUCUUAAUGUUUAUUUUGACAAUUAACAGGUUUUGAUAUGAAAUAAUUCCGGUGAAAUCAUAAAAUAAGCAGCAAUCUUAGUUCUCCAAUUGCUACUUUGCGAAUUGUGAAAUAAAUAAGUGAACGGACCUAUACAUUUUAUCUGUCCAUAUGAUUGUAAAUAUGUAAAUCUAUAGCUAUAAAAGGUUUCACAAAAUUUGUGAUAUUUUACAUUUCUUCAUGUGGAUGCGAUUUUUCCCGUAGAGGCUCAUUGCGAACCAAUAUUUUCAAAUUGGUCUCAACCUGUCAUGCUAUAUGUUCCUCUACAGUUUCUAUUUGUGGCGGGCACUAGCAGUGUUUGCUGUGCUCUGUGCUAUCAGCUAUCAGAAAACCUACCAUAACCUUUGAAUUUUACUUGGAUUCAGUGUUUGUAUGUUUUCUGGUUUUUGGGGAUCAUAGAGAACAUUUGAUUUUUUUCUAAUAUAAUUCCGAUUAAACCAUUGCUAAGGGCGUCAUUUCAUUUCGAGUCUGCCGUUAUGUUCCUUGGUUGCGUUAUUUGCUUCCAAAGGAUCCUUUUUACAGAUUUUUAAGAAAAAAAGUCAAGCACACGACCGUAUCUUUUUUUAUUGACUAAAAUUUCUUCGGAUACAAUAAUUCUUUGCAUAAAAUAUUGUUUAAUAAAACUGUACAUUGCACAAAUAUAUUUGAUUCAAACGUGCAGAACUACUUCAACCUGUUCUUAUACCAUUGUUUAUUUUCUGUUGAGAAUACCCAUGCAUUGGCUAACAUUUUUGUUUGUACCAGUAAACAAAGACUAUGUAAAAACGUAUUUAGCGUGGCUGAAGAGGAAUGAUCUUUAUUGUAUGAUUUGUUUCUGUUGCCAAAAUUAUAA